CGGGGCUCCUCGCCCCGCCCCACUUCUCCGCCCCCUCCCCUUUGCUGGGGAGCCGGUACCGGCCUGCGCCGGGAAGAGGCUCUGGCAGCCUGAGCGGGAGGUGGCGGGGGGCCACGGAGCCGCUGGCCACUGACUCGCUUCGCCAUGUGACGCUGCCCUCCGCCCAGGGACCCCCAUCGAGCCCCCGGCCCGCGCCCGCGCUGGAUCGCGCCGGGCACCAUGCUUCUGCCGGGCCAUGCGCGCCCGCCGCCCGCGCCGCAGCCCGCGCAGCAUCCUGGACUCCGCAGGCAGGUAGAGCCUCCCGGGCAGCUCCUGCGCCUCUUCUACUGCACUGUCCUGGUCUGUUCCAAAGAGAUCUCAGCGCUCACGGACUUCUCUGCAAGCUGCGAGGAAUGGACAUUCCCUGACAGUAUCGGCUCCCCUUCCGUGGGCUGUGGGGAAGAGUGGAUUUGCCGGGAUCACAGAAGUCUGCGAACCACGGGGGGAAGUGGUUACCUAACCAAACUCCUGCAGAACCACACCGCCUAUGCCUGCGAUGGGGACCAUUUGAAUCUACAGUGCCCUCGGCAUUCUACGAUAAGUGUCCAGUCGGCCUUCUAUGGGCAAGAUUACCAAAUGUGUAGCACCCAGCAGCCUGCCUCCCAGAGGGAAGACAGCUUAACCUGCGUGGCACCCACAACACUGCAGAAGGUGCUGGAUGAAUGCCAGAACCAGCGUGCCUGCCAUCUCCUGGUCAAUAGCCGUGUUUUUGGACCUGACCUUUGUCCAGGAAGCAGUAAAUACCUCCUGGUCUCCUUUAAAUGCCAGCCAAAUGAACUAAAAAACAAAACCGUGUGUGAAAACCAAGAGCUGAAGCUGCACUGUCACCCAUCGAAGUUUCUCAACAUCUACUCUGCGAGCUACGGCAGGAGGACCCAGGAGCCAGACAUCUGCUUCUCAGAAGCAGAGCGGCUCCCCCCGUUUGACUGUCUGUCUUACUCAGCUUUGCAAGUGUUAUCCAGGAGGUGCUACGGGAAGCAGAGAUGCAAAAUCAUCGCCAACAAUCACCAUUUCGGGAGCCCGUGUCUGCCAGGAGUGCAAAAAUACCUCUCCGUCACCUAUGCCUGUGUUCCCAAGAACAUACUCACAGCGAUCGAUCCAGCCGUUGCUAAUCUGAAACCUUCUUUGAAGCAGAAAGACAGUGAAUAUGGUAUAAACUUUGACCCAAGCGAAACGAGGGUUCUGAGGAAAGACGGAGUUAUUGUUAGCAACUCUCUGGCUGCCUUUGCCUACAUCAGAGGAGAAAGUCUGCCAGCGCCAGAUUUCUGUUUUGAGGGAGUUUGCUGCAUCGUUAUUUCCCAAAGCGGGAGUGCUAGGACCUCAAGGGAUACAUAACUACAAAAUGGGGACAAUAAUGGCCCUUUCCGCGCAGGGGUAAGGUAAGGAUUCACCUUAUGGCGGGACUUGGGCCAGAAUACGUGGUGCAAAUUAGCAUUGGUUCUGUUAUUCUUACGCAAUCAUUUGGAUGUGGGAAGAACUACUAGAAACUUCUGCGUACAUUUAUUUUUUAAUCUAAAAGACAUCAAGCUUUGCUAGCAUCUACUGUAUUCGUAGGACAUUCAUGUACGUAUACUUUAUAUAUAAAUUAAUUUUUCAUAAUUCGCUGCUACCACUAAUACUAGUGAACUGUUUAUUGAGCGCUUACUACGUGUCAGUGAAUGUUCCGAGAGUGUUACAGGAAUGCACUCUUUGGCAGGAAGGUGCUAUUAGCCCCAUUUUACAUAUGAGGAAACUGAGGCACAGAGGGGUUAUGUAACCAGCCAACAGUCACGCAGCUAAUAAGUGGCAGAUCGUAGUUUGCACUCGGGGGG